AUGAUAUUCCUUCUUAUUCUUUUAUCUUAAGCCUUUGGUGAUUAAUUAGUAUUAUCAUAAAUUUUAUGGAGAAAUGGUGCAUGUACACCAACUUAUUGUAAUUGGAAAUGCAAGGAAUUUGAAUAAUAGGGAAUUUUGAAUGGAUAAUUGACACCAAUAGGAACAAGAUAACAUUAUGUUCUAGGAUAAUGGCUAAGAAAGAGAUACAUCGAGGAUUUGAAACUCUUGAGUUAGUUUUACAAUGAAGCAGAAAUUUACAUUGAGAGCACAGAUGUUAAUAGAACGAUACUGAGUGCAUUGAGCAAUCUUUAAGGCAUGUAUCCGGCAGGAACAGGGCCAAAAAUAAAUCCAGAUUUGAAUCGCUCUUAUUUACUUCCUCCAAAUUAGAAAGAAUUUGAAGAUUUUGGAGAUGCAGCCCUUCCAGGGUUAUAACAAGCUAUUCCAGUGCAUGUUAGAGAGAAAUAGUUAGAUAUAUAUCUUAAAGGAUAUGAUGCCUUGGCUUGUCCCAGAAAUGAGGAAUUCAGAAACAGCAAUAUCAAUUCUAAACUAUACUACCAAAUUAAUAGUAAGGCUCAAUCCUUAAUAUCAGAUUUUACAUAAUAGUUAGGAAUUGUUGCAUCACAAUUAAACAUUACAGAUUUAUACGAAUAUCAGGACACUUUCGAUUCUUGUGAAUAUAAUGGGUAUGACUUACCGAAACUAAAGGAGAGUACACAGUCAUAAAUGAAACUUCUAUAGUAUCUCUAUUUUUCUCUUGAACAUAAUAUAGAUUUUGAAUAAACUCGUCUUUUAGCUACUCCAUUUUUUAGAAAUUUACUAUUGAACAUUGAGAAUGUUAUUAACAAUCAAACGGAACAUAAAUUCAGAAUCUUUUCUGCUCAUGCUGCUACUGUUCAAUUGAUUUUGAAUGCUCUUAAUCUAACAUCAUUUGAAUGUGUAAAAUAGGUGUAUUUAAAUGAGAAAGUAUAAAAUAAAAACUGUAUCUAUACAUUUCCUGGUUAUGCCAGCAAUAUUAUAUUCGAAUUAUAUAGAAAGUUAGGUCAUGGAAAUUAGUAUUAUGUUUAAGUAUUAUAUAAUGGCACUUUGAUGCCAAUUUGUAAUAAUUAAUAUAAAUGUGAUUAUGAGGAGUUUAAGUCCAGAAUUUAAUUCUAAAAUGUUAAGGAUUAUGAAGAUGAAUGUUUAAUAUCUCCAAAAUUUAAAAAAGAAGCAGCUUCUUUUAUACUUAAGGCAAUUAAUGUAGUAAUAACUAUAUUGUUCAUUAUCUCUUUUUGCAUUAUUUAUUUAUUGAGAAGAUAAAGCAAAUUAGAAGAGUACACAAAAAUAGUUUAAUAAUUUGAUGCUUGA